AUGACUAGUACCACUAGAAGUGAAGAGACAACCACGCUUCCCCUUCCAACAACUUUCGACACUGGGAGCACAGAAAUAGCCACCUCAGCGUUUCCAGGGACCUCCACAACUCCUGUAGAAACGACAACCGCAACAGAGAGGACAACAAUAACUAGUACCACGGGAGCUGAAGUGACAACCACACUUUCCCCUCUUGCAACUUCACAACCUGAAAGCACAACUGCAGCCACCUCUACUGCUCCAGAAACAACCACAGUUCUGCAAGAGACCACUUCCCAAGCAGAGAAGACGACUUCUGCAGCUCAAACCACACCAAUGACUAGUACCAUUAGAAGUGAGGAGACAACCAUGCUUCCCCUUCCGACAACUUCCGAACCUGGGAGCACAGCUACAGCCAGCUCAACGUUUCAAGAGACCUCCACAACUCCUGUAGAAACCACAACCCCAACAAAGAAAACAAUAAUAACUAUUCGUCUUGAGACAAGUUUGCCCUCUGAGACCACAAGAAUUCCCAGCACCUUUACAGAAGUUGAGACAACCACAGCUACCCGUCUUGUCACUUAUUCCACUGUGACCACAAGUGCAGUCACCUCCUCUUUAGCAGAGACAUCCACAGUUGCUGUUACGGUGACUUCUCCGGCUAAGACCACAUUGACACUGACUCCCACCACAGCAGCUCCUAAAACAUCCACAUCUGUUCUGGAGACCAAUUCCCUAUCUGAAAUCCCAAUAGCUUUGGGCACCACUACAGAACGGGGGACACCCACAGCUUCCCCUUUCACCACUGUUCUUGCCGAGACUACGAAAACAUCAUCCAUUGCUACAGCAGCAGAGAGAAGCACAAUGACUCCAAUCACCACUACCCCUGCUGAGACAACAACAACUUACACUUCCACUACAACACAGGCAACAACCACAUCUGCCCAUUUUACAACUUCCCCAGCUGAGACCACAACCGCUUUGGGCAUUCCUAUCAGAGGGGAGACAACAGCAGCCAUCUCUGUGACAACCACAUCGCUUUCACCUACCACAGCUGCUUUGACAAUGCAACAGUUUGUCUUCCACAUCCAGAUGAGGACCCUAACGGCUGGGCUAAAGAUUAUGGAGGAGGAACUUCUCCUCCUCCUCUUCUCCCACUGA